AUGGGCUUCCACGGGCGUUAUACUACCGAGAAGGUGACCUACCCAUCUCACGGGGAGACCAUCGUCGGCAUCCUCUUCAAGCCCAAGAGCGUCACCAACCCGCCCGGUGUUGUCGUUCUCGGCCCCUAUUCAUUUGUCAAGGAGCAAGCUCCAUUGCAGUAUGCCUCGCGGCUCGCUGAUGAAGGUUAUGCCGCCUUGAUCUUUGACCCUCGCACUGUCGGAGAAAGCACCGGUCAGCCGCGGCGUCUGGAAAAUCCCAAGAUGAAGAAUGAAGACGUCGUCUCCGGCCUCGACUACCUCGCCGGUAGAGGCGAUGUUGAUGCCAAGAGAUUGUUCCUCGUUGGUGUCUGCCAAGGCGGUCCUGAGUGCUUGGAUGUUGCGUCGUAUGAUGACCGUGUCGUCGCCGUCGCCUCCGUCACGGGGUACUAUCGCGAUCACGAGACAGACGUCUGGAUGAUCUGCACUGGCUGCGUCAAUCUUGAGCCCGGCGUCGAUGUAGGAGCUCUGAAGAUGCCCACACCCGAGCAGGGGGAAGCCCUCUACCAAGCGCGUAUGCAGCGAGCCAGGGAUGCCAAAGCCCUGUACGAAAAGACGGGCGAGGUCACCUACCAGCCUCUUGUUGACCCCAAAGUGGCUGAUCCGGAUGUUGGCUCACUCGCUGGCCUUCCAGGACCUGUUGCGUGGUCGUGGUACGGCGCAUGGACUCUCAAGGGCUUCGAGAACCGGUAUGCGGUAAUGAGUGAUCUGGAUCACUUUGACUACACAACUGUGCCUGGGGUGGCUAGACUCAACAAACCGGCGCUGGUGAUUCACGGAGACAAUUGUAUGAAUGCACCUGCGGCAAAGAGACAUUUCGAGUCGAUUCCGACCAAGAACAAGAAGUUGAUCUGGGACAAUGAUGUAUCGCACUUUCAGCACUACGAGCAGCCAGAUUGUGUGGAUCGCAAUGUUGGCGAGAUUGCGGCCUGGUUUGAAGGUGUGAAGGUGUGA